CCCGACAUCCCCGAGUCCUCCGCGCCCCCGAAGCCACCGAAACCACCGACGCUCUCUGUCUCCCUUCUACCUUACACUCCCCAUCGUCAUCAUGGCCGAACUACGAAAAUAUGCAUGUUCAAUGUGCGCCCGAAGAAAAGUCAAGUGUGAUCGUCAACAUCCCUGCUCAAAUUGUCAGAAGGGUAGAGCAGAAUGUACCUACGAAGCGCCUGCUCCGCCGAAGCCUCGAAAGAGAGCUGCUGAUGAAGAUUUGCUGGCGCGGCUGGCAAAGUAUGAGGAUUUGAUGAAGAAGAGUGGUGUGGAUUAUAGUCAGCAUGCUAAUGUUUGGGUGGAGUCGGGGUUGGAGGCGAAGAGGGAGGAUGAUACGAAGUUGGAGGAUGCUGCGACGGAGUUAUGUCUUUGGUCAAAACUUAGCCAUGAGCUCAAGUUUCCUCCCACGCUUACACUACGAAACAAAGAUGACCCCUUCCUCCAUCCAUCGCCAUCAUUCCACUCCAUGAUUUUCGACCCCGAAUCAAAAGCCUACGAGAGUCAUCCCGAACCAAAACAAAUCUUCUUCUACUGGCAGACCUUUGUCGAAUGCGUCAAUCCCCUUAUCAAGAUCGUUCACGUCCCAAGUCUACAAAAGCGCAUUUUAGAAGCAAGCUGGGAUAUAGCAAAUACCCCAAAACCCCUCUCAGCACUAAUGUUCUCCAUUUAUCUUCUUUCAGUUACCUCGCUGUCUUCAGAAGCUUGUCAGUCAUCCUUGGGGGAGGAUAGAGGGGCAUUACUCACGCGCUAUCGCACCGCGACGGUACGGGCGCUCACGGCAGCUGAUUUCAUGACGACGAAGGAUCUUGAGACUCUUCAGGCUAUGGUGCUGUUUACAUUUUCAAACCCAGAAACAGAGCUAGCUAGUACCAUGACUGCCGUUGCUAUAAGAGCUGGACAGAUGAUGGGUCUACACAAAUCAGACACCGACGCAAAACUAUCCUUCUUCGAGAAAGAAAUGCGAAUAAGGCUCUGGUGGCAGAUCAAGGGCCUCGACUCUCGAGUCCGCGCUAAUUCAACACCAGGAAUAAAACUCGCAAGAUCAGAGUUUGGGGAUAUUCGCCUCCCCUUCAACAUCAACGACGCAGACCUCCAUCCAGACAUGCUCGAACCUCCAGUCCAGCACACCGGCCCUACAGAAAUGCUCUGCGUUCUGAUGAAGUUCGAGGUAACACAGUGGCUACGCUCAUCUCCCAAAGCAGCCAAAGUCUUUGACUGUAUAGCGCCCGGUUUCGGAAGACCUGGAGGAUCUACCAAAGCCGAAGACGAAGCGAUUAACGAGCUUGAAGCUAUCUACACGGAGAAAUAUCUUUCCAAGCUUGACAGAGCUGUUCCGUUUCAUGAUUUGACAUAUGCCAUGGCUAAACUGGCUAUUGCGAGAAUGCGCUUUAGGUUACAUCACCCCAGGGCUAGAGCAGCACCCGGUGAUGCAGAUGUUUGCAUGACGAAAGAGGAUAGCGAUAUUCUCUUCAAUGCAGCAUUGUCGUUCUUGGAACUAGUCAACGUGGGCAUUGAGAGUAAAUUCUCAUCCCAGAUGUUUACCCAUCUAACAUCACUCUACCAAAUCGACGCUUGGAUCUAUGUCAUCAGUGAACUACGCAGGCGACCCUCAGGCCCAAGAAUUAACCUUGCUUGGAAGCUGGUUGACAGUUUGUAUGCUGAUCAUCCUGAACUUGUGGAUAGUGUUGAUAAUUCGCUAUACACUGCUAUUGGAAACUUGACUUUAGAAGCUUGGGAGACGAGGCGGAAGGCGUUGACUGAUGGUGAGCCGGUGCUGGCUUGUAUUGAAUUGCUGUGGCGUAAAAGACGGGGACAGGGUGAUUCUGAGAUGGCCGUUAGUGCACUGGAUGCAUGGGAUUUUAAUGUCGGCGAUGAUCUGUUGGAUUGGAACUACUGGAGUGAUUUUGUGCGCUUUUAGCCCUUAAUGAUAGCUUUAGUAUUAAUGAAGUGACUCAAUAAAAGCAUAUGAAUUGUGCA